UCUUUUGGUAAAAGUUUCAGUAGUGUUUUUAAAUCCUCUUUGUGUAGGUGGUGGUGAAAAUAUUAAAAAAAAAUGAAUGACGAGGAACAAAAAAUGGCCAUUCUGCGCAAGGCUUUCCAAAUGUUUGACACCAAAAAAUGUGGCCACAUCGAAACAAUUAAAAUCGCUACCAUCUUGAACACUAUGGGUCAACUCUUCGAUGAAACCGAAUUGAACAAUCAAAUUACAAUAAAUGAUCCUGACCGCAGCGGACAAGUAAAUUUUGAUGGUUUUUGUGGCAUUGCUACACAUUUUCUUGAAGAAGAUGACGAUGAGUCGACGCAACAGGAACUAAAAGAAGCCUUUAGAUUGUACGAUAAAGAAGGGAAUGGUUACAUCACUACUGCUACCCUUAAAGAAAUCUUAAGAGCACUUGAUGACAAGCUAAAUGCUAGAGAAUUAGAUGGAAUUAUUGCUGAAAUUGAUACAGAUGGUUCAGGAACAGUCGACUUUGACGAAUUUAUGGAAAUGAUGACUGGUGAUUAAACAUUUUUAAAAGCACAUUUAAAUAAUAGGUAAUGAAACUAAUGACCGUCAUUUUGGUUUGAUCUACUUCUAGACCAAAAUACACGCCUUACUGAAAAUACAUAAGUAAUCACAAAGUGAUUUUUUUACAGAAUAAAAUUUAUACUUACGUUAAUGAAUGGAUAAAUAAAUGAUGAAAUAUGAAUCUUAUAUAUAG